GCGGCCACGCGCCACGGCCCGGCCAUGAGGGUCCUCGGUGCGAGCUGCGGGGCGCUGCUGACGUGCCUCGCCCUGGUGUUUCCCGCCCCGGAGGCAAACUUUUUGUCAAAGCAACAUGCUUCACAAGUUCUGGUUAGGAAACGCCGUGCAAAUUCUCUUUUUGAAGAAACCAAAAAGGGUAAUCUUGAAAGAGAGUGCAUUGAAGAGCUGUGCAAUAAAGAAGAAGCCAGGGAGAUCUUUGAAAACUACCCUGAAACGGAAUAUUUUUAUCCAAAAUAUUUAGGUUGUCUUGGCUCUUUUCGAGCUGGAUUGUUCACUGCUGUACGUCAGUCAACUAACGCUUACCCUGACCUAAGGACCUGUGUCAAUGCUAUUCCAGACCAGUGUAACCCUCUGCCAUGCAAUGAAGAUGGAUAUCUGAGCUGCAAAGAUGGCCAGGCUACAUUCACUUGCAUUUGUAAAUCGGGUUGGGAAGGAGAGAAGUGUGAACAUGAUAUAAAUGAAUGCAAAAAUCCCUUAAAUAUAAAUGGAGGUUGCAGUCAGAUUUGUGAUAAUAUGCCUGGAAGUUAUGAAUGUUCCUGUAAAAGUGGUUUUGUUCUACUUUCAAAUGAAAAGGACUGCAAAGAUGUGGAUGAAUGCUCUUCGAAGCCAGGCAUUUGUGGCACAGCUGUGUGCAAGAACAUGCCAGGGGCCUUUGAAUGUGAAUGCGCUGAAGGUUACAGAUACAAUCCCACAUCAAAGUCUUGUGAAGAUGUGGAUGAAUGCUCUGAGAACAUGUGUUCUCAACUUUGUGUCAAUUACCCUGGAGGUUAUUCUUGUUACUGUGAUGGGAAGAAAGGAUUCAGACUUGCCCAAGAUCAGAGGAGUUGUGAGGCUGUUCCAGUGUGCCUUCCCUUGAACCUUGAGAAAAAUUAUGAACUCCUUUACUUGGCAGAGCAUUUCAUCGGGGUUGUUUUAUAUCUAAAAUUUCGCUUACCAGAUUUCAUCAGAUUUUCAGCAGCAUUUGAUUUCCGGACAUAUGAUUCAGAAGGUGUUAUCCUGUUUGCAGAAGCUCUUGAUCACUCAGCUUGGCUCCUGAUUGCACUUCGUGAUGGGAAGCUUGAAAUUCAGUUUAAGAAUGAACAUACAACCCAAAUCACAACCGGAGGUCAAGCUAUUAAUAAUGGUUUGUGGAAUAUGGUCUCUGUGGAGGAAUUAGAACAGAGUAUUAGUGUGAAAAUAGCUAAAGAAGCCAUUAUGAAUAUAAAUAAACCUGAAAGCCUUUUUAAGUCUACAGGUGGAUUUAUGGAAACCAAAGUAUACUUUGCAGGAUUACCUCAGAAAAUGGAGAAUACACUCAUUAAACAGAUUAACCCUCGUCUAGAUGGAUGUGUACGGGGCUGGAAUUUGAUGAAUCAAGGAGCUUCAAAAGUAGAUGAAAUUAUUCAAGAAAGACAAAAUAAGCAUUGUUUUAUCACUGUGGAGAAGGGCUCCUACUAUCCUGGUUCUGGAGUUGCUCAAUUUAGCAUAGAUUAUAAUAAUAUAGUGAACCCCGAUGCUUGGCAUGUUACUGUGUUUUUGAAUAUUCGCCCAUCCAAGGGCACUGGCAUUAUUUUUGCCUUGGUUUCAGAUGACACGGUGUCCUUUGCCUUGUCCUUGGUGGACUCCUCUUCUGAGAAGCUUCAGGAUAUCCUGGUAUCUGUUGAAAACAAGGUAAUAUCCCGGAUAGAGGCCUUAAGUCUGUGUUCCAAUCAACAAUCCCAUCUGGAAUUAAGAAUCAACAGAACAAAUGUGGAGCUGUUGACGCCACUUAAAAAUGACAUCAUCUACUCGGAAGAUUUUCAAAGAGAAUUUGGCAGCUUGGACAGAGCAAUAAAAGGAACAGUAGCCACUUACCUGGGUGGCGUUCUAGUUACUGCUUUCAAUGCGACACCAGUUAAUACCUUUUUCAAUGGCUGUAUGGAAGUGAACGUGAAUGGUGUACAGUUGGAUCUAGAUGAAGCCAUUUAUAAACACAGUGAUAUCAGAGCUCACUCAUGUCCAUCAGUUUUGAAUAGCAAUGAGAGUCCUUAAGUCAUCUUUUCUCUGCUGAUAACAUCUUUUUCCUGUAAUUAUACUUAUGUUUCAAUACUAGUUGAAGGAUUUUACUUAUGAGAGGCAGACCUUAUGGUACUUUGACCUUUUUGGAAUUUUAAAAAGGUCCUUUUUCAAGAAAACAAGAUUCUCUUGUGAUAUAAAUCACAUUAAAAAAAUUCUUACCUCUGUUGCUGCCCAGAAACUAAAUAAUGAAAAACAUAAAAAAAUUUAAUUUGAAUUUUUGCUACAAAUGACAUUUCUUCAUUUUUAUGUUUGUAAAAGUAAAUUUUAAUUGUAUCGUCAUGAAUUAGUGUUUAAAUAUCUAUUUUUCUUGGAAGGCAAGGAAGUAAACCUAAACAAAUGUUCAUGGGGGUCUAUACUGUUGAUCAUAAUAGAUAAUAUUUUAUUUGUUUUUGUUUCUUCUUAAUGAAGGCAGGAGAAGAGACAGUGGCCUAUUAAUUUUAAUCGAGCAGGAGGCCUUACAGCUUUAUUCCAAAACAAUUCCUCAGGGGUACCAGCUUUGGCUUCAUCUUUCUUUCACUGGCUUCACGUUUGAACCAGUGGUUUUACUGAAUUAGAAAACAAGUGGACACAUUUUCAGACAGCAGCACAUGAAUCUUGCUGGUGACUAAUUGGAUUCCUUGAGGAUGAGCUACCAGGUUGUGUUGAGAUGGGUGUGGAAGCUGGGGGUGGGUACGUUCCUUAGAUUUGGCUGUGGCGGUCACAUAAGCUCUAGAUUAGAAAAAGCAGAACCUCGUGACAGAAAGAAUGAAUGAUUCCAACUUCAGUUACCAGAGUAAGUUGCCAGAAUGUGACUGAUUAUAGAAGAACAAAAGGAAUGUUGAAAACUGAAAUAGAUUUUAAUGAAAGAAUAACAACAGAGGGACCUAGUUAACAUUGUGUCUUUGAAGAAAGCAGUUUUAUCACUCCUAAACCUCCCAUUCUCUUUAGGAAUGUAUCUGGUGUUUCAUUGACAGUUUGAGAAAAUAAACUUUUACCCCCAC